AUGUCGCAUGUCUAUGAUAUAUACAAGCCCAUCCUUGACAGUGAAGAUCCAGCUACAUUCAUCUUCAUUUCUGCAUUUUCAGCUCUAUUGACGAGUCUGCUAGACAAAUCCUGGCCCCAUUUGAACUCCUUAACUGGUGAUGAAAGCUACCAAAUCUUGAUGAGGUUCACUAUCAAUUGCUACCAACAAGUUGCUAAACCAUUUUACGCUGAGAAGGUGGAACCUAUUUCAUUGAUACCAAAACAAGUUGGCAACAUGUACACCGCGUCUCUCUAUGCUGCAUUUGCAUCCCUCCUUCACAAUAAGCAUAACACAUUGGCUGGUCAGCGCGUAAUCAUGUUCUCCUAUGGGAGUGGGUCAACUGCAGCAAUGUUUUCGCUAAAACUUAACGAAGAGAGGCUGCAAAAGAGAUAUGAGUACACUCCUCGCGAAUUUGACAUUUUCGUUGGACUUUAUGAGGCCAGAAGAGAGUUUGGCAUCAAAAAUGACUAUUGGUGUGAAAUGCCUGGCAGCAUUCUUCAACCAGGAGCCUACUACUUCAGAGGGGUGGUUGAUUCUGAGUAUAGAAGAGUUUAUGGUAAAAAGACUCCCGAGAUUGAACGGGAGAUAGAAGAAAUAAUCUUAGAAUAA